AUGAAGGCCCUCACGGCUUGGUCCUCUCUUCUAGCGGCCGCCGCCCUGCACCAGGGCGCCCGGGUCUCGGCCCUGAGCCCCGCAGAGUGGCGGUCUCAGACGAUUUACCAGGUCAUGACGGACCGGUUCGCGCGGACGGACGGGUCGACGACGGUGCCGUGCGACCUGGGCGAGCAGACGUACUGCGGCGGCUCGUGGAAGGGUAUCGCCCAGCGGCUCGACUACAUCCAGGGCCUCGGUGCGACGGCCGUGUGGAUUUCGCCCUUUGUCAAGAAUAUCCAGGGCAAUUCACUCGACGGCGAUUCGUACCACGGCUACUGGGCCCAGGAUAUCUGGUCAGUCAACCCCCGCUUCGGCACCGCCGAGGACCUCGUCGCCCUCGCCGACGCCGUGCACGCUCGCGGCAUGUACCUCAUGGCCGACGUACAACACGGUCGACUUCUCCAUCUACCGCCCCUUCUCCAACGCCUCGGCCUACCACCUCCCCCUUGCGUCAUCGACUACAACUCCCAGGAGUCGGUUGAGAAGUGCUGGCAGGGCAGCGACGCCGUCUCACUGCCGGACCUGCGCACCGAGGACCCGCGCGUGCGGCAAGUCUUCAACGCGUGGAUCAAGCGUGUCGUGCACAAGUUCAAGUUCGACGGCGUCCGCCUCGACAGCGCCAAGCACGUCGAGAUGUCCUUCUGGCCGCCCUUUGAGGCCUCGGCGGGAGUGUUUGCAAUCGGCGAGGUCUUCCACGGCGACCCGGUCUACGUCGCCCCUUACCAGGACGUCAUGAGCGGCGUCAUGAACUACCCCGUCUACUACUGGGUCACCCAGGCCUUUCAGUCGACGACGGGGAGCAUCUGGAACCUCGCCAACGGCGUCAAGCAGCUCGCCGAGCUCGCCCGUGACCUGACCCUCUACGGUAGCUUCCUCGAGAACCACGACCAGGCGCGCUUCUUGCACCAGACCAGCGACCGCACCCUGCUCAAGAACGCGCUAACCUUCACCCUGCUCAUGGACGGCAUCCCCAUCAUCUACCAGGGCCUGGAGCAGGGGUUCGCGGGCGGCGACACGCCGUACAACCGCGAGGCCCUGUGGCUGGCGGGGUACGACACGCAGUCGGAGCUGUACCGGUGGGUGUCCAAGUUCGUGGCGCUGCGCUCGACGUUGGCGGCGCUCGACGGCGGGUACCUCUUUUACAACGCCCUGCCCGUCUACAACGACGACCACGUCAUCGUGAUGCGCAAGGGGUACGACGACGGCCAGGUCGUGAGCGUGUACUCCAACGUCGGAAGCAACCACACCUUCAGCGUGUCGCUCAACCCGGGCGAGACGGGGUUCCGGCCGUGCAAGCUAAUCCUCGAGGUCGUCAAGUGCCGCCCGUACGUGACGGAUGGGAACGGCGUGCUCAGGGCGCAGAGCGGGACCGGGGAGCCGCUCGUGUUUGUCCCGGCCGAGAAGGUCAUGGGGACGGGUAUCUGUGCUGGCGGCAUAGGCAAGCCUCCUCCCCCUCCUCCCCCCUCUGCCCGUCGCAAGCCUUCUCCGACCACGAGUGCUGCGCAACACUCCACGACGCGCCUCGCUUUUGAGAGUACCGAUUAUAACUUAGACUUUAUAGGACGUUUUAAUAACAUCACUUCGUCGCCUUGCCUGUCGUCCCAGCUGUAA